UAUAAAUCUUCUCCAUUCCCCUCUCUCCCUCUCGUCACGCCUUCUCUCUCUCCACAGAACCUCCAUUUUUAUGAUCUUAAGGACCGUCUCUCUAUCUAAUUCUAUGGCGGUUACUAAUAAAGAUGUCGAUCGGAUCAAAGGCCCAUGGAGCCCCGAGGAAGACGAUGCUUUACAAAAGCUUGUUCAAAAGCAUGGACCGAGAAACUGGUCUUUGAUCAGUAAAUCUAUUCCCGGUAGGUCCGGUAAGUCCUGUCGGCUGCGGUGGUGCAACCAGCUCUCGCCGCAGGUUGAGCACCGGGCGUUUACGCCGGAAGAGGAUGAGACUAUAAUUCGUGCUCAUGCUCGCUUUGGUAACAAGUGGGCCACCAUAGCACGGCUUCUUAACGGCCGGACCGAUAACGCUAUUAAGAACCACUGGAACUCGACGCUGAAGAGAAAGUGCUCGUCUAUGGCGGAAGAUGGUGGUGCGUUUGAUGGCAAUUGUCAGCCGUUAAAGAGAUCGGUGAGUGCGGGUUCUGGUAUGGCUGUGUCUACAGGGCUUUAUAUGAGCCCUGGUAGUCCAUCUGGAUCUGACGUAAGCGAUUCAAGUGUUCCUGUUUUAUCUUCCUCGCAUGUGUAUAGACCUGUAGCUAGAACUGGAGCUGUUAUUCCUCCUGUGGAAACGACAUCGUCUUCUAAUAACAACGACCCACCCACCUCGCUCUGUUUAUCGCUUCCCGGCGUUGACUCUUCUGAGGUGUCAAACCGAGUAGCUGAGUCAACUCAAGCGACAAACACAAUAUCCUUGAUGCCGCCAAUGAAUAACGUUUCAUCUCCUCCACCUGCACGGCCGCCACCGGCUGCAUCUGUGCAACCACAGCAGGGGGCGGUGAAUGGUGGCUUAGGAACAGGGUUUGUAGGGUUUACUGCAGAGUUUAUGGCGGUGAUGCAAGAGAUGAUUAGGAUGGAGGUAAGGAAUUAUAUGAUUGAGAAGGCAGGCGGAGGAAGCGGUGGCGCUAAUGUUGGAAUGUGUUUUCAGGCGGCGGGCGGAGAAGGUUUUAGAAAUGUGGCAAUGAAUAGGGUUGGGGUUAGUAAGAUCGAGUAGUUACUAGUUACUGCGAGUAGUAAGUGAGAAUGAGUCGGUGAAAAUUGAACAGAGUAGAGAGAGAGAGAGAGAGAGAGAGAGAGAGAGAGAGAGAGAGAGAGAGAGAGAGAGAGAGAACUGGGCUUUGUUUUUUUUCUCUUUGUUUAGGGAAUAAUUUUGGGCAUUGUACAGAGAAAAAGAGAGAAAUGGGUAAAAAUGAAGAAUGUUUUGACAGACGGAAAAAAAACAUGGAUAUGGAAGUUUGAUUUUGAUGAAGACGAGAAUGAGAAAGUUUGGAACUUUACCCAUUUCUGGCCCUGGCUCUUCUCAG